UUGACCGUCUUUUUCGGAGUGGCGGCUGGCUUGACCGCAGUGCCUGCAACUCAGGGACUGGGGAUGUUCGUGGAAGUGAAAGAUCCUGAUGAGAAGGUGAUCCUGUCCCGCCAGUAUGGAUCAGAGGGCAGGAUCACAUUCACCUCCCACACACCUGGAGAGCAUCAGAUCUGCUUGCAUUCAAAUUCCUGCAAAUUUGCUCUGUUUGCCGAUAGAAUGCUUCGUGUUCACCUGGAUAUCAAAGUUGGUGAGCAUACAAACAACUAUGCAGAAAUUGCUGCCAAAGACAAGCUCACGGAGAUGCAGCUACGAGUGAUCCAGCUGAUGGAGCAGGUGGAUCAGAUUCGGAAAGAGCAGAACUAUCAAAGGUAUUGUGAGGAACGCUUCAGACAAACCAAUGAGAGCACCAAUCUGAGGAUUUUGUGGUGGUCCAUUUUCCAGGCACUCAUCCUGGUGGCUUUUGGAUUUUUGCAAACGAGACAUCUCAAUGAUUGGAAAAAGUGUACUGAUAUCGGAGAUGUCCACCUCCCUACAGGCUACUAUUUUGGGCCCUGUGCAACUACAGGAGAUUUGUCUGACAAGGCUGAUGAUCCAAUGGGUAAUUUCCGAAACACACUUCUCACUGGCUGGAAGGUCUUCCCAGUGUUCGAAUUAUGUCAAAGCUUAUGGGGGGGUUCCCUAACCAAGCCCCCCCAUCAUUAUAGGGUUGCUGUGAUUUCACAAGGUAAGAUUUGAUCCUGGAUCAACAAUCAUCUGAUCCUGGUUUUAAUCAAAGAAAGCCUAAGUUACCCUUAACUCAAACCAUUUUUUACCCCUCAAAUUAGUGAGAAACAGUGGCGAGGCCAGAAAUUUUAAACUAAGUGGACCUUUGUCAGUCAGUGUUACACAUUUAUAACUGGACAUACCACCAAAUCUGAUUUGUAUUUACUUGUGCAAGGAGAUAAAUUCACAAAAGGACCGCAGUACGAGAUGCAAAAUGACUUUUUACCUUUUAAAUGUUUAGGAUAUAAAGGAAAUCGGAAGUCAUGUAUUCUUGCAAGCUCAAUGGGAGAUUUUGCCUACAUUUUUAUUUUUUUCAUUAAAUACAUUUUGCUAAAUUUCUUUGCCCUUUGCAAUAAAUAAUUACAAGAUUGCGCUGAUUACCUUUUUUGGUUCUAAUAGGAAAUGUAGGCUAUAUUUUGUUAGAGAUCAAGCAGGCACUGACUGUAAAAUGAUGUUGGUUUUGGUUAAAAAAAUAAAGCAGCUCUACCAGUGGACUGUUUGCACUUUUCUCUUUCCUGUGUGAUUUUAAUUUGUUCAACUAUCAUAGGAUGUUUAUACAUUUUACAACGGACUGAGCGUUUCCAGUUUUAUUCUGAGCUGUUAAAUGCUUUUACAACAUAUUCGUACUGCCAUGAUAGUUAAUUUAAGUCAUGAAAAUGUAAAUAUUUAAGUACAAAAAGAGAGGAAUAAGCCUCGUCCUCUUGCAUAAUUAAGGGCCUGUUUCUACUUUUAAUUUUAAAUAAACAUUUUACUGUCAGUAAAACGUAUAGACAAUCCUUCCUUUUUUUUUAUCAUUAACUUUCGUUGUGUGCAUAUUUUACACACAUAUAACUAAUUGAAAGUUACGGACACAAACUCAUAAUAUAUAAGAAUGAAACAUAAACAAACAUUGGCAUAACAU